UACAACCCACACACAUUUACGUUUCUCUUCUUCUUCUCUCUCCACUCACCCACCCAUCUCCCAGUCUCUUCAUUGAACCUGAAUAGAGGGAUUGGAAAAAGGAGGGAAGAGAUUCAUUUGGAGCUCGAAUCAAGAUGAGUUCGAGCUCGGAUUUGGUUCAGUCUGUUGAGUCUCUGCUUGGGAUCUCGUUUGGUGGUUCGGUGUCAGACUCUAUGUUGUUGGUGGCGACGACUUCCCUGGCGGUGAUUGUCGGGCUGUUGGUGUUCUUUUGGAAGAAAUCAUCGGAUCGCGGCCGGGAGGUGAAGCCAGUGUUUGUGCCGAAGCCACUGUCCGUCAAGGACGAUGAAGCCGAUGCCGAGGCCACUUCCGGCAAGACCAGGAUCACCAUCUUCUUUGGAACGCAGACCGGCACGGCUGAGGGAUUCGCGAAGGCUUUAGCUGAAGAGAUCAAGGCAAGAUAUGAGAAAGCUGCAGUAAAAGUUGUUGAUAUGGAUGAUUAUGCUGGGGAUGAUGAUGAAUAUGAAGAAAAACUAAAGAAAGAGACUUUGGCUUUUUUCAUGGUUGCCACGUAUGGAGAUGGGGAGCCUACUGAUAAUGCUGCGAGAUUUUACAAGUGGUUUACAGAGGGAGGUGAAAGGGGAAAUUGGCUUCAACAGCUCACCUAUGGUGUUUUUGGCUUGGGUAAUCGUCAGUAUGAACAUUUUAACAAGAUAGCAAAAGUGGUUGACGAACAACUUUCUGAACAAGGUGCAAAGCGUCUCAUUCAAGUUGGUUUGGGUGAUGAUGAUCAAUGCAUUGAAGAUGAUUUUUCUGCUUGGAGAGAGUCACUUUGGCCUGAGUUAGAUACAUUACUUUUCGAUGAGGAUGAAGCAUCUGCAUCUACUCCCUAUACUGCUGCUAUACCUGAGUACCGAGUAGUCAUUCAUGAUCCUUCUGUUACAUCUUGUGGAGAUAAAGACUUGAACAUGGUAAAUGGAAAUGCAUCCUUUGAUAUUCACCAUCCAUGCAGAGUCAACGUAGCUGUUCAAAGAGAGCUUCACAAGCCUGUUUCUGAUCGGUCUUGCAUACACUUGGAAUUUGAUAUACCAGGGACUGGUAUCACGUAUGAAACUGGAGACCAUGUUGGGGUGUAUGCGGAUAAUUGUGAUGAAACUGUUGAAGAAGCGGGUCGGUUAUUGGGUCAACCUUUAGAUAUGCUGUUUUCUGUCCACACUGAUAAUGAAGAUGGAACAUCUCUCGGAAGCUCAUUACCGCCUCCUUUCCCUGGUCCUUGCACUCUACGCACUGCAUUGGCACGAUAUGCAGAUCUCCUGAAUGCUCCUAAAAAGGCUGCAUUGAUUGCUUUGGCUGCUCAUGCCACUGAACCUAGUGAAGCAGAACGACUUAAGCACUUAUCCUCUCCUCAGGGGAAGGAAGAGUAUGCUCAGUGGGUUGUUGGAAGUAAGAGAAGUCUUUUAGAGGUAAUGCAAGAGUUCCCAUCUGCAAGACCUCCCCUUGGUGUAUUUUUUGCAGCAGUUGCCUCUCGCUUACAGCCACGAUACUAUUCUAUCUCAUCCUCACCUAGAUAUGUCCCCAAUAGAGUUCACGUUACCUGUGCUCUGGUAUAUGGUCCCACUCCCACUGGUAGAAUUCACAGAGGAGUGUGUUCAACCUGGAUGAAGAACGCAAUUCCUUUGGAGAAGAGCCAUGACUGCAGUUGGGCUCCUAUUUUUAUUAGGCAAUCGAAUUUCAAGCUACCAGCUGACCCUUCAAUUCCAAUUAUCAUGGUGGGACCUGGUACUGGGUUGGCACCUUUUAGAGGGUUUCUUCAGGAACGAAUGGCUCUGAAAGAAGACGGUGCUGAAGUUGGUCCUGCUCUGCUCUUUUUUGGAUGUAGAAGUCGCCAGAUGGAUUUUAUAUAUGAGGAUGAGCUCAAUAAUUUUGUCGAACAAGGUGUGCUAUCUGAGUUGGUUGUUGCAUUAUCACGGGAGGGGCCAGAAAAAGUAUAUGUUCAGCAUAAAAUGAUGAACAAAGCAGCGGAAAUAUGGAGCGUAAUCUCUCAAGGUGGAUAUUUUUAUGUUUGUGGUGAUGCCAAGGGUAUGGCCAGAGAUGUUCAUCGAACUUUGCACACCAUUGUUCAAGAGCAGGGAAACAUGGACUCAUCAAAGACGGAGUCUAUGGUUAAGAAACUCCAGAUGGAAGGAAGAUAUCUUCGAGAUGUUUGGUGAUAGUUUGGUGUUCACUUUGUCUUGACGAUUUUGGUGCAUCUUUGAUGUGGAUGUUGUGGAUUUUGAUAUUCUUCCAGCUCAAGCUUUGACCGGCUCAUCCCUUUCCUCGAAGAUAUAGCCUUAUAUUGUGAUACACUGGUAGGAACUUAGACAUGGUUUCCUUCUGUCAAUUGAACACCUACCAGGUGUUGGUCUACCUUAGCCCUUUUAAUGUGGGAGGGGAGAGAUAUUUAGUAGAAGCAUCAUUUCAGGGUAGAGGAAAAUAAUUUAAAACCCAAAAAGCGAACGGCCUGUUAGCUUGUUGCAAUUAGAUUCAUAGGUGAUUUUGAAGUUUUUUUUUUUGUGAACUCUCUGAAGUGAAAGAUGGUAUUCUUAUUUUGCCUUUGUUUGUUGAAAGCGUAAGAGAUCUAAUUAAUUAUCUUUACAUUGUAUUCUCUUCUUCGAUGAAAAAUGGCCCUUUAUGGGGGACGCUCUUUACAUCA